CACCGCUUCGUGACCAGGGGGCUCCCGUAGACAAGGGCUGCCAGGAGGCCAUUGAGUGGGCCAUCAUCGCCGGGCUCAACUUUGAAGCAGAAGGGCGCGCAGCAGGCGAGCCUCAGGCUUGGCCUCAGAUCGCAUCUCAGGCGCAGCAGGUGGCGCUUGCCAAUAUCAGCUGCGCGGCCGCCUACUUCGCGAAGGACGCGCUGGAGCCGCUGAGCUACCUGGAUAUCGACAAGCUGAUCAAGUCGAAGGGGAUCGGCUACAGCGGACAGGAGGUUGAGCGCGGAGGGCCACUGGUGAUGGGCGAGCUUCUACCAGGGCUGCCCAAGCCGAGAUUGGCAGGUUCCGUGCAGGCUAUGGAUCUCGCGGCUCCGCAUGUGCAGAAGUGGUUGUCGGACCCCACGCAGCUCCUCAAGCCUCAGGAUGAAUGGCCAGAGGAGGUCCCGAAAGCCAGCGUGCAAGUGACUAGCGACGACGAGUGGUACGCCCUGUGCAAGCACUUGGUUGACGCUGGCAUCUUCGAGCCUGUCGAGGACCGGGAGAUCUUCCAGGUCGGGGGGAAGCAGGUCCUCGCGGGGGCCUUUGCAGUUGCGAAGUCGGGGACCCCGACAACGCCCUUCACGAGGGUCACCAGGCACAUCAUCAACAUGGUGCCGCAGAAUGCCUACCAGCGGAUUGCUGAGACCGACCUGGACACGCUGACCCCCAGCUCGACGUGGGCGUCCAUCGUCGUGCCUGAUGGCCAAGCCUUGUUGUGGUCGUCAGACGACCAGUCGGGGGCGUGUCAUCUGCACGCUCUACCGAAGGCCUGGCGGGGGCACAUGGCGUUGCGCAAACCGGCGCCUGGGGCGCUGGUGGGGCGGCCGCAGCUCAAGUGGGUCAAGAUGGCGGUCGCCGUGAUCCCGAUGGGCUGGCUGUCUGCUGUGAGCUUGUUCCAGCAUUUGCAUCGGCGGCUAGGCAUCGGUGAUGGGCCUCACAGCGCGGGGUUCGAGGAGAAGGUGGAGUGGCGGCGUGACCGCCCACUGCCGCUUGUGCCUCAAGCCAAGGCCCAAACGUGGGUGCAGUACUACCUCGACGAUUUCGAUUCCCCCGAGAUCGUGCCCGAGAGCGUCGCCACCCUCAUCGAGGGGACCAUCAGCGACUUUCAGGAGCGCCAGCGGAGGGCGUACUCCUCUGCCCGCGCCCCCUGGUCGGACAAGAAGGCGGUGUGUCGGCAGCGUCGCCUCGUCAGAAUGGGCGCCCUCGUGGACGGUGACGCCGGCCGCGUGGGGGUCGCCAUGUACGCUUCCUCGGAAAUAGACAAGGGGGCCAAGAGGUGCGUCAGGCAGCGAUGGCCAGGGGUGAUCGAGCUGGGGGACAUCACCAGACUCGCCCCAGAAUCGUUGGAGAAGGUCGCCCGCUACGCAGCUGAGGCUGCAAGCAAUGUGAUUGCAGGAGGCGGCUCACCGUGUAUGGACGUGAGCGGGCUCAAUGCCGCUGGCAAGGGGAUCACGGGUGCGAAGAGCAAGCUGUUCUUCGAGCUGCCCAAGGCCUUCAGAACCAUUGAGCGGGUCUUCGGCAAGCAGCGCACCAAGUGGUUCGUCGAGAACGUGGCGGGCAUGACGCAGGACGACAUUGCGAUGGUCUCCGAGGUGCUUGGCGUCAAGCCGUACCGCAUCGAGGCCAUGGAUGUAGGGGCGGUGCGUAGGCCGCGCCUGUAUUGGCUUUCCUGGCAGCUGCAAGCCCGCGUCGAUGUGAUUGAGAUCCAGGAGGCUGAGUUCUACCACAAGGUGAAGCUCCAUGUCGCUGCGGAGGCCGCCCCAGUCUGGGCUGAAGACGGCUGGAGCCUGCUUGAUCCUAUUCACGUGCUGCCGACCUUUGCUAAGCUGUACAAAAGGAGCUCUCCCCCAGCCCCGGUCGCAGGGAUCAAGACGGCCAGCGACAUCGCAAUCGAACGUUGGACAGCCUCCAGCUAUGGGACGCAGGUGUACAAUUUUGAGGAUCAGAACCUUCUCUGGAACGCGGCCAGGGACAAGUGGCGCAUCCCCACUGCUGAUGAGCGUGAGACGCUGAUGGGCUUUGAUCGGGGUUACACACGCGCUGCUGUGAAGGACUCUUUGCCUGGCGUUGAGGCGGAAACCAUCAGGUCGUCGCUCAUCGGGAACUCGUUCUCCGUGCAGGUCGUGUCAUACUUGUUUGCGCAGAUCUUGGCUCGAGAGGCUGGCCGCGCGGCCCCCGACAUCGCGCCGCUGCUCCGCGCGGGGGCGGCGCCGCCGUCGCGGGGCCAGGAGCCCGAGUUUGGAGGCGCCGAGGUCAGCGAUCCUGACCUCGAAAGGCGGCUGGUGUUCAAGUACCUGCGGAUCGCCAGCAGAGGAGGCGCAGACGUCAGACUGGACCUGCAGGCCUACUUUUCGUGCCAAGGCCUGGCCGCGCUCCGGGCUGCAGUCCAACCUGUGGACGCGCGACUGCUCGAUUCGGGACCCCGCUACCUCCACCUCUUCGACUCGCAGGCGGCGGCCAGCGUGCUCGCCAAGGGGCGGUCCAGCGCCAGAAGACUGUGGGGCUGGAUGCGGGCGCACGCGUCAUACCUCCUCGCCUGUGGCAGCUACCCGCUGUACGCGUACGUCGACACGGCCGCGUCAGCGCGGCUCAAGUGGGCCGUGGACGCCAAGCGGCUCAGGCGUAGCAGGCCGCUUCAGGAUGGACGAGUUGCUGCAGUCACCAGGCAGCGCUAUGAUCAGGCGCGACAACACUUACGAGAUUUUUUCAACGAGCAGCAGCUGCGCCCAAGGAGUGCGCGAGAUGUCGACCAAGGCGUUGCCCUGUACAUCGAGCACGUAUGGCGCACGGGCGGCUCACUACUUGCAGUGAACAAUGUGCUCGCUGCGGCGCCAUUCUUCAGCCCGCCGCUGUCGGGCAAGUUGAAGCAGAGUUGGAAGCUCCAAAAGACUUGGCUUCAGUUGGAACCCGACGCCCGUGCCAUGCCGAUGCCGCCGCUGCUCGCCCUCGCCUUUGCAGGGGCCUUCUGCUGGUGGGGCUUGCCGCGGGCGGGUGCCUUGCUCGCCGUCGGCUACGCAGGGAUGCUGCGCAGUGGUGAGAUGAUUCAACUGAGGCGGAAGGACAUUCGCAUUUUUCAGCGGCGGAUGUCAGCAAUCGUGGCGCUCCGAAACAUUAAGACGGGGCAGCGAGACGGCUGGCUUGAGCUCGUCAUGAUCCGCCCCAGGGUCGCGGUGAAGCUGCUGGUGCAGCAUGUGCAGCAGCUACCGCCAGAUGAGCUCAUCCUGAACAUCGAGAGGGGUGAGUUCAUGCGGCUCUUCAGGCGCGCGGUGGUCGCGCUGGGCCUCACCGAUGAGAGGGUGACCUUGUAUUCGUUUCGGCGCGGAGGCGCCGCGUAUGACUUUUUGGAGCAUGGCAGCCUCGAGCUGACCCUGCUGAGAGGGAGGUGGGCGAGCGCGCGGUCUGCGCGGAUUUACGUGCAGGGCGCGGUGGCCGCGCUGGCCGAGCUGCAGUUGUCGAAUCUGCAGCUUGCGGAUGCCCGCGCGCUCGCCUCCCAUGUCUGA